UUAAAUAAUUCUAGAAGAAAAUAUUGAUAGAGUUACAAGAUUAAAUUUGUAGCCACCAGAAUUUUCUGUUUAAUUACAGUUAUUACUCCUUUAGUUUUUCUGUAGUUAUAUUAAUGAUAUUUCUAGUGUAGUACUAAGGAAUUUCUUUCAAUAUCCAGGUAUAAAAAUACAGUUGAACAAAUCUUUUUUAGUUUUCAUACUUGUUCUGGUAUUAACCCAAGAAAUUAACUAAAUUGUAUUAUAUGACACCAACUACCUGGAUAAAAGAGAAAUUUGUUUCUCAGAUGUUUUCUCUCAAGUCAAAAUGUAAAUAUUUGAAACUGAGUUAAUUGUCUACAUUUUUAAAAGAUUUUUUUGAAAGAGUGACACAGAGAGGGAGAGACAGACAGAUCUUCCAUUCUCUGGUUCACUUCCCAAAUGCCGCAACAGCCAGAUCUGGACCAGGCCAAAACCAAGGCCCCAGGAUUCUAUCUGGGUCUCCCUCAUGGGUGGCAGUGACCCAAGUACUUGGGCCAUUAACCACUGCUUUCCCAAAUACAUCAGCAGGGAGCUGGAUUAGAAGUGGAGCAGCUGGGAUGUGAACAAUGUGGGAUGCCAGAGUCAUAGGUGCUGGCUUAUCCUGCUGCACCACAGCACCAGCUCCAAGCUGAAUUUAGGUUUUUAGCAUUAGUGUACACAGUCUAAGUAUAGCAGAAACAUUUUUUGCUGUAAUGUAUCACUGAGACCUAUUAAAGUAUUUACAGUAGGUUACAUAAUGGAAAAAGUGCAUAUUUUGUUAUGUAUACACUGGUGUCUGAUUCUGAUAAUACUCAUUAAUAUUAAGAACCUUUAAGAAAACAUUCAGAAAUUUAUUUUUUUAUACUUUUAUUUUUACUAUCUUGAGUAGGUGAUAUAUUUUCCUUUAAGGUCCAUGUUACCCAAUAUUGUACUAGUUAAUUUGAAAUUAUGUAUAUUUAUAUAUUAUGUAUAGAAUAUUUGUGUAACACAUAAGAUUCAUGAAUACUGAUCGAAGUAUCAUUGUUAGCAUUUCUAUAAAUAAAGGGAUGUAAAAUGUGUGUUUUUCUAGUCAGCACCAUGACCCUCUAUAUGAUGUUCUUUUAUAUUAACUGUCUUGAAGGUUUUAUGUCUUGGAGGUUUUUUUCUAUUCUGGCAGCGUUUUUAUAUUGGUAUCUAUUGAUGAUAUAGAUUAUUGCAUGAUUAUCAUUUCUAAUUAACCACUCAUUUAAGAUUACUAACAAUUUUGGUGUCUUGCCUUUGUCAAAGACAUGUAUAUGCAUACUUGUGGGCAAUAUCCUCCCUUGUCUCCUCAAGAGAUGGACUUGGACUCAGGAAGUGCAGUAAAAGCAAGACUUUGUGAUUGGUCUUGCAAGAUCAGGUGUAUGAUGACACCCUGCAUUCCCCAGGACUCCAACAUGCUCCCCAAUGCAUGCAGUCUCCCGUAAUAGAGAUUUGUUGCACACCACCCAAGUUUUCCUUUGAGCUCAACCCCCCAUAGUGGAGGCUUGCAGACCCCAAGACCAGAUUAUCCAUCUCCUGUCAUUUCUCUCAUGUAAGAAUGAAACACUUCCCCCAUAUCUAGGCUAUAUCUUAGUCAUACACUCUUUUUUUUUUUUUUGGACAGGCAGAAUGGACAAUGAGAGAGAGACAGAGAGUAAGGUCUUCCUUUUCCGUUGGUUCACCCCACAAUGGCCGCUGUGGUUGGUGCACCACGCUGAUCCAAAGCCAGGAGCCAGGUGCUUCUCCUGUUGUUCUCCCAUGCCGGUGCAGUGCCCAAGGACUUGGGCCAUCCUCCACUGCACUCCCGGGCCACAGCAGAGGGCUGGACUGGAAGAGGAGCAACCGGGACAGAAUCCGGCGCCCCAACUGGGACUAGAACCCGGUGUGCUGGCGCCGCAGGCAGAGGAUUAGCCUAGUGAGCCGCGGCGCCGGCCUCAGUCAUACACUCUUGACUUCCAAAGAUACACAACUACCAUGGCAACACUUACAGUCUAAUUUUUCUUACCUUAGCUCAUGUACAGGUUGCCUGGUUGCCACAGUGCUUGCUUUUUCUCUUCUGUGUUACCUGUACUGUCUUCUGAAUGACAGUUGAGCUUUUCUGUGGCUUCUACGGGGUUACAGGACACCCAGACAGAGCAGGUCACCCAAAAUCAUGUGGGAUGCAUCUCCCACUGUGUCGGAGUCCCAUGCAGGCAUAGAAAUCCCACACAAGUCCCAAAGUUUGUGGGAAACAUUCUUACCUGUCCAUUCAAAAGAUGGACUUGGACUCAGGAAGUGCAGUGAAAAUAAGAUUGUAUUAUAUUAUCCGUCUUGCAAGAUCAGGUGUCUGAAGAGCAGGCACACCUGGAGAAGUUAGAGCAAGCAAUUUGUAUCCUACGAUGGAGGUCCCUCCUGUUCCACAUUGGCUGAGUACUGUGGGGUGUACAAUCUUUCCAGAUGUCACCUAACUUACAAAGUUACCUUCAUCCUUCCUUCUCUGUACUUUAAUUUCCUCUCCUGAGUUGCCUACUCCAUAACAUCCUGUUUGCCCAGUUUGUUUUGCUACAUCAGCAAGUCAGCUAAUAGUAAUUUUCCAUUCUGUGUUGAAAAUGGGCCACUAGACAUUUUCUUACAGUAUGUAUGCAAAUAGGUUGUGAAUUUAAGUUCCAUUUUGAGACUGCUGUUGUUGCCAUUGGUGGUAGUUAUUGAGACUACAUUUGCAAGGUUCAGAAUUCAAAAGGUACCUACAGUUAGAGAGUGUUAAGUCUCACUCAUCUCAGUCAGCAGUUCUUGUUUGAGGUAGCCAUUGUCAUCUCUUCUGUGUGUGACCUUCUAGAGAUAUUUUCUCCAUUUUUAAACAAAUGUGUAUUUAUUUAUAUAGAGACUUGUAGAAAGUUGCCUUAUACAUUAAGAAAUAUUUAAACUUAGAAUUUUUUUACGUAAAAAACAUGGAAUUAUUGGUUAUAUCUCCAGCAUUCUAAAGCAUAUUGCUAUUUGUUUAUAGGCUUGGAAGAGAAAAUUACAUGAUUCUGGCUGAUGGGGGAAGAUGUUUCCUUCCUUUCUUGGGCAUAGGACUAUCCCUUUGCUCGAUUUUGAAAUUAGCCAGUAUUUUCUUUGCUCCUCUUUUUAAAGUCUCUGCCCUAAUUUUUUUAGUGCCCAAGCCCCUAGUAUCUAAAUUGAUCACUCUUUUUUUUCUUUUUCUUUUUUUGACAGGCAGAGUGGACAGUGAGAGAGAGAGACAGAGAGAAAGGUCUUCCUUUGCCGUUGGUUCAUCCUCCAAUGGCCGCCGCAGCCGGCACACCGCGCUGAUAAAUUGAUCACUCUUUAUUCAGAUCUCUUCUGUCUCCAGAAAUGCUCUAUGCUACCAAGUUACCUGUUUGUCUUCAUCCCCCAACUAAAUUUGGCCGAAGGUGGACCAAAAUUGCAAAGUUAAUUGGAAGCCGCACUGUUUUACAAGUGAAGAGUUAUGCCAGACAAUACUUUAAAAAUAAGGUAAAAUGGGGUCCGGAGAAAGAAACACCAAAUCAGAAAAGUAGCAGUGAUCUUCAAGUUAAAAGUGAAGACAAAGGGACAGAGGCAUGGAUACCAUCAUGUUUAAGGGGACAUGCUGAUCCCAACUUGAAUGCUGUAAAAAUUGAAAAAUUGUCUGAUGAUGAAGAAGUAGACAUCACAGACGAGGUGGAUGAAUUCACUUCUGAAGCACCCCAGAAGAAUUCUAACAGUGGUCUCUUAUUAGACAUUAUUCCUAGUAGUAGUAGUAUGCAUGAAACCAAUCAAGGAGAAUGCAUUGCAUCUGAUAGCCAGGAAGACCCCUUUUUUAAAUCUUCCGGGGAAUAUCUUAAGAAUCUAAAGCAAGAUGAAAUGGAAACACUUUCAGGCUCACAGAUUACAUUACAGACUGACAAACCGAGCAACAAUGACAAAAAAUCAGUUGAAUUAAAAGAUGAGAAAUGUAAUAAACCAAUUCAGAACUAUAACGGGCAUGAUGGAAAUGGACUGAUAGAUGAUGCGAGUCAGUGGCCUUCUCUUGAGACUUGUGAAAAUAAAGAUUUGAGUGACAAUGAAAUGCUUUUUCAUUCUUCUUGUCAUGUUGUGGAAGAAAGCCACGAGGAAGAAGAGCUUAAGCCACCAGAACAAGAAGUAGAAAUAGAUAGAAAUACCAUUCAAGAAGAAGAAAAACAAGCAAUUCCUGAGUUUUUUGAGGGGCGUCAAGCUAAAACACCAGAACGCUAUUUGAAAAUUAGAAAUUACAUUUUGGAUCAGUGGGAGAUAUGCAAACCGAAAUACUUAAAUAAGACCUCAGUACGUCCUGGCCUGAAGAACUGUGGGGAUGUUAAUUGUAUUGGACGGAUUCAUACAUACCUCGAAUUGAUAGGAGCAAUCAAUUUUGGAUGUGAACAGGCUGUAUAUAAUAGGCCACAACCAGUUGAUAAAGUGCGAAUCAGAGACAGAAAAGAUACUGUAGAAGCGUACCAACUUGCCCAGCGUCUGCAGUCUAUGCGCACAAGAAGGCGUAGGGUCCGAGACCCAUGGGGAAACUGGUGUGAUGCAAAGGACUUAGAAGGACAGACAUUUGAGCAUCUCUCUGCUGAGGAAUUGGCAAAAAGAAGAGAAGAGGAAAAAUGCAAACCUGUUAAAUCUUCAAAAGUGUCAAGAGCAACAAAAAGCUCAUUUGAUCCUUUCCAACUGAUACCUUGUAAUUUUUUCAGUGAAGAAAAACAGGAGCCAUUUCAGGUGAAAGUGGCUUCAGAAGCUCUUUUAAUAAUGGAUUUGCAUGCUCAUGUUUCCAUGGCAGAAGUAAUUGGCCUAUUGGGCGGAAGAUACUCAGAAGGUGAUAAGAUAGUUGAAGUCUGUGCAGCAGAACCAUGUAACAGUCUGAGUACAGGACUACAAUGUGAAAUGGAUCCUGUAUCACAAACACAGGCCUCAGAAGCAUUGGCUGUUAGAGGCUACAGUGUGAUUGGAUGGUAUCAUUCACAUCCUGCGUUUGAUCCUAAUCCUUCCUUACGAGAUAUUGACACGCAAGCCAAAUACCAGACUUACUUCUCCAGAGGAGGUGCAAAGUUCAUUGGAAUGAUUGUUAGUCCCUAUAAUCGAAACAAUCCUUUACCAUAUUCUCAGAUUACCUGCCUUGUUAUAAGUGAGGAAAUGAGCCAAGAUGGCUCUUACCGUUUACCUUACAAAUUUGAAGUACAACAGAUGUUAGAAGAACCUCGGUGGGGAUUAGUGUUUGAAAAGACAAGAUGGAUAAUAGAAAAAUACAGGCUCUCCCAUAGCAGUGUCCCCAUGGAUAGAAUCUUUCGCCGGGAUUCUGACCUGACUUGUUUGCAGAAACUUUUGGAAUGUCUGAGGAAAACUCUGAGCAAAGUAGCCAAUUGCUUCAUUGCUGAAGAAUUCUUGACUCAAAUAGAAAACUUGUUCCUUGCCAAUUAUAAAAGCAAGCAAGAAAAUGGAGUGUCUCCAGAGAACUGUACAAAGGAACUAUUAAUGUAAUUAUUUUAAAAUAAGACAUUUUAAUCUUGAUAAUGAUAGAACCUACUUAACCUUGAAAUCAUUGUAAUUUGGGUAAAAGUGGCACAGUUUUGGUAUUUAUUCUCUAGUUCACAAAAUCCAUACUUUGCCACAUAAAUCAUAUACAAAGGAAGAGAUGUGGGCUUGUUUUAUAUUGUGAUUAUCAGGGUGCUGUGUAAACCAAGGUCUACCACAAUGUUCCAGUCCUGUAUUAUACAACACAAGGCUAUGAAAAUGUAUACAGGUGGUCUGCUUUACUGUUGUGUUCUGAUUGGUGAGUGAAGUGGAUGUCUCUGCUUUUUUAUUUCUUCCCUGAGCUAGUCAUUUAUUAUGUUCCAUUUUGGUAUCUCAUAUCUCAUUAGAAACACUUCCACAUUCCUCUAGUAUGUUCUGAUGAGAUUUGUUUAUUUGUUAUUUGGAGUUGCAAAUGAGAUAUGCUUGAGUGAUCACUGAAAAAAUUAACAUGGUUGAGAACUACUGAUUAAUAAAUCAAACAGCAGGCUGUGUGGGGUCAGGAGAAGCACGUGGAGCAAAUCUUAAAAACAGAAGAGAGACCCAAAGGAAAGAAUCAAAUUGCCAGUUUUUAAUCAUAGGUGUUUUCCUCCAUUUUAUAAAAUAAGCCAUUUUCUCAACUAUUUAAAGCUUUUUUAAAGGAUUUCACAUACAUAAAAUAAUUAUCUUCAACUGCAUGUCCACAUACAUUAGUGUGUGGUAAAACCUCAUUUUACUGGAACUGAUAAUCAUGGCCCUCACACUUAAUGUUUUUCUCACUUAUCAAGAUAAACAGGCAAAUUACCAUAAAGCUUGAAUCAAUCAGAUUUAAUUUUCAAAACAAAAAGGCGUCCAGGACAUAGCAUGUAUUUGGCCCAGUGUCCUAUAUUUUCUGGACCUUAAGUAGAGGUAUGCAGACUUUUUUUAUGUCGAGGUUCAGUUUGUAAACAAUUUUCUGUUUUUCAAGCCACAUAACAGUCUCUAUCAGGUAUUCUUCUUUGUAUUCUUAGAAAGCUGUUUACAAAUUGAAAACCAUUUGUAGUUCAGGAUCCUCAGGAAAUAUAGGAUGCUAGUCGUCAUUUUCUAGUCCCUGAGCUAGGGAAUUUCAGACAUUAGAAUCUUGUUUUGGAUUCAUGAACCUGAGACACCAGCUGAUCUUGUGUCAUCUUCAGAUGAUAACAAGACUCAGAAUUGUGACCCAUAAUUAAGUACAAUUUAAAAUUUAUUGCUGCCUCUUACUGAAAUUUAAUAGAUUUGUUCAUUUUUAUUAAACUUAAUUUACACUAUUUCUCCAAGCAUUCUUACUUGUAACCAUUUCUUUGUAUUCAAGCCAGAUAUGAUUCUGUAGUUCUGUGUUUAUUUGGUUGUAAUCAAUAGCCAAAGCAGAAUAAGGCGGUUUUGGAAGAAGCAUUGAGCCCUUUUUGAGUGACCUGGGUCAACCUUGUGACUUUGGAAAAUACAGUUCAGUUUCACUGGGCCAAAUUUAACUGAGAUGUACAUUAUCUGUUAGUGUCCUUCCAGUUUUAAAAUUGUAUGGUUCAUUGUAAUUAUUGGACUACUCCCCUGUAACUUUAUAUUUAAGGUAGUUCAGUUCCCUAAUUAAUAUUUUAAAAAAAGAUCAUUGGUAUUGUCUAUCUUUCUGUGCAGCUAGGAUAAACAAUGAAAAGUACCUUAUAAUGUAAUUACUGUGAGGUCCAGGAGUGCAAGAGUUUUAUACCAAAACUCUGGGAACCUUAACUCUUGUCUUGAUUCUAUUAUUAGCUUUGCUGUGUGGUUUUGGUCAAAUCUUACAACCUUUCUGAAUGUCAGGCUCCUCACUUGUAAUUGAAGGAUCUGAAUUUUGUGACUUGUUCCUUUCCAAGUGUAAAAGUCUGUGGUUCUGUGGGAGGCAAUAAUUCAUUCCCUUGUGCUCCUCUUUUGACCAUACUUACUUAUUGUACAUUGGGAAACAGACACUAAAAAGUGAUUUUUGUUAGUUUCUUCUUUUUUUAAGAUUUAUUUAUUUAUUUGAAAGGAACAGUUAGAGAGAGAGAGAGAUCUUCUAUCCGCUGAUUCACUCCCCCAAACGGCCGCAAUGGCCAGAGCUGAGUGGAUCCAGAGCCAGGAGCUUCUUUCCCCGGGCUCAUUGUCAGGGAGAUGGAUCACAAGUGGAGCAGUUGAGACUCAAACCGGCGCCCAUAAUGGUGGCUUUACCCAUUGUACCACAACACCAGCCCUGAGAGCACAGUUUUUAAAAUCAUGUUCACUGAGUAUUUUUUUCUGACUAUAGAGUACCUUUGUCUUAUAUAUUUUUAAACGCAGAGAAGUAUAAGUAUAAAUAUCUCAAUUCUUCUAUCUAGAAAACCACAGUUUAAUUAGAUCCUUCCCUUUUUGUUUUAUUUUUGACAGUAUAAUUUUGGACAUUGAACUUUUUUUUUUUUUAAAUAUUUAUUUGAAAGAAUUACACAGAGAGAGGAGAGGUAGAGAGAGAGGUCUUCCACCUGCUGGUUCACUCCCCAGUUGGCCACAGCAGUGGGAGCUGCGCUGAUCUGAAGCCAGGAGCUUCCUCCGACUCUCCCACAUGGAUGCAGGGGCGCAAGGCCUUGGGCCAUCUUUUACUACUUUCCCAGGCCAUAGCAGAGAGCUGGAUUGGAAGUGGAGCAGCCAGGUCUUGAACCAGUGCCCAUAAAGUAUGCCGACAUUGCAGGCGGCGGCUUUACCCACUACACCACAGCGCUGGCCCCUGAACUUUGUUAUUUAUUUGCUUCCCUCCUGCCCCUUUUUUCUCUUGUCAUGUUCCUAAAACAGCUUUGUAACAGUGGGGGUGCACUUUCCUGGCACUGCCAGCCUGGGCAACGCAACAUAGCUGUUGCAAGGCUUCGGAGAAACAGAGACGUCUAGAACCAAGUGGGAGUAACACAGGAGUCAGGUUCUGAAAAACCUACUUCUAAUAACACAGCUGUGGAGAAAGGGCUUGAAAAUACCCAAGUCUCUUCAGCCAGUUUUGUUCUUUCUAUUACUGCACAGUGACUAAAAUAAAGAGCUUAAUCGUUUUUUCUCUUCCUGCCUGGCUAAUGGAAGUUGACACUGAUAUUUAGUUUUCUUUAAAAGUCUGAUUUCAAAGUAGCAUUCAAAAAGAGAAAACUCAGUGAAACAGAUAGUAAUAUCCAACUCUUUCUCCCUCCAUUAUGUUAGCCCUGAGUCACUGUCUUCUAAUUCUUUUAAAUAAUCGUCAGUUUCCUUUCCCACAGUUGGUUUGACCCUCUCCUCAGAGCUGCAUUGCGAUUUUCACAGGCCCAGGCACUUUGCCUUCUUGGUUCCUUUCUUCCAUGCAAAAUAUUACCUUUUCUAAUUGUGUAUGUAUAAAAUGACCUUCUUGCUAUUUUCGAUUAAAACAUUUCUUUCAGUUUAAAAAAGUUCCAUUUUUGUCUCUCAUGAAGCUGAACAAAAUUAGAGCAUUUUUGUGGGCCUUUUUUUAAGAUUGAUUUAUUGAUUUGAAAGAGCUACAGAGAGAGAGCAAGCCGCCAUCUGCUGGUUCCCUCUCCAGAUGGCUGCAACAGCCAGGGUUCGUUCAGACCACAGACAGGAGCCAGAGCUUCAUCCAGGUCUUCAUAUGGGUGCAGGGGCCCAAGCUUUUCCCUGCUUUUUCCACUGUUUUUCCCAGGCCAUUAGCAGGGAACUGGAUCAGAAGUGGAACAGGUGAGAUUCCAGCUGUGCCCAUAUGGGAUGCCGGCUUUUACCUGCUACGCCACGACCACAGUCCCCUUAUGGGUCUCUUGA